GGACCUUCCCGGACCCAGAGCUACUGGAGAGUUCCUGAAGAGAGCAACGCGGCGACGGAGGAGGGACACGUCGGGUGGAGGCGCUCGGCCUCCUCUCGUUCCUCAGAAGCUUCCCAAGCACGCCUCAAGCGUGAACUCGGGCCGAGAGCGCUCUGCGACCCCUGCCACAGCCGCGCCGCCAGGCACGAGAGCGGGGCGGCCCGGCCGAGCCACAGCCCGCGCGUCCGGGGCGGCUCGCGGCGCGGGGUCCUGGCGCGCGCACGAAGUUCGGCCGCUCCGCCGCGCGGCGCUCAGCAGGCCAUGGCCGCUACCCCCGGGACUUGCUCGGGGCCGCCCCAGGCCCGGGCGAGGAGGCGAGCAAAGGCUACCAAGAGGAAACACGGAGUGUCCAGUGAUGCUCCCCCAGCAAAGCGAAGGAAUGAAAUGUCCUUUCUCUCAGCCAAGAAGACUAGUGAGAAAGAAACUCAAAGAACUUUCAAGGUGAAGUCACACAAAAAAUUUUCUCCCAAGAAGUAUUCGGUUAACGCAGGUGAUGGAAAGCAAGAGGAGAAACCAUGCAUUAAGACUUCAUCGUUGUUUAAAAACAACCCUGAAAUCCCAGAACUCGACAGGCCUGUGGUAAAGCAGGCGCGAGAGCAAGUAUUCACUCCCGAGGCUUUUCACGAGCUGGGCCUCCACCCACACCUGAUUUCUACAAUAAACACAGUCCUAAAAGUAUCCAGUAUGACCAGUGUUCAGAAGCAGAGUAUUCCUGUGUUGCUGAAAGGCAGAGAUGCCCUCGUGCGGUCCCAGACCGGCUCAGGUAAAACUCUCGCCUAUUGCAUCCCUAUGGUCCAGUCCCUUCAAGCAGUGAAGUCAAAAAUACAGCGAAGUGAUGGCCCCUAUGCUCUGGUGCUGGUGCCCACAAGAGAGCUGGCUCUACAAAGCUUUGACACUGUCCAGAAACUGCUUAAGCCAUUCACCUGGAUUGUGCCUGGAGUGUUGAUGGGCGGAGAGAAGAGAAAAUCAGAAAAAGCCAGACUUCGCAAAGGAAUAAAUAUCCUCAUCUCAACUCCUGGCCGGCUGGUGGAUCAUAUAAAGUCCACAAAGAACAUUCAUUUUAGCCGCAUUCAGUGGCUGGUUUUGGAUGAGGCAGACAGAAUCUUGGAUUUGGGUUUUGAAAAGGAUAUCACUGUGAUCCUCAAUGCUAUAAAUACCCAGUGCCACAAGCGGCAAAACGUCUUGCUGUCAGCCACACUCACAGAAGGCGUGACACGACUAGCGGAUAUCAGUUUACAUAAUCCAGUCAGCAUUUCUGUCUUGGACAAAAGCCACGACCAAUCUACCCCAAAGGGCAGAGCAGGCCAGGGAGUUGCUCCUCCACAGACCAGCGACAGGCUGGACAGCUUUGCAAUACCGGAGAGUCUCGAGCAGCAUGUGACACUGGUCCCCAGCAAACUGCGGCUUGUCUGCCUAGCAGCCUUUAUCCUGCAGAAGUGCAAGUUUGAGAAGGACCAGAAGAUGAUUGUCUUUUUCUCCAGCUGCGAGCUGGUGGAGUUCCACUACAACCUCUUCCUCCAGACCCUGUCGAGCAGCGAGGGCCCCCCUACAUUGAGACAGGCGCCAUCUGCCUCCACGAGAUUAAAAUUCCUGCGGCUGCAUGGCAACAUGGAGCAGGAGGAAAGAACGGCAGUGUUUCAGGAAUUCUCCUGUUCCAGAGCAGGUGUCCUUCUCUGCACGGAUGUUGCAGCUCGGGGCUUAGAUCUCCCACAAGUCACGUGGAUUGUUCAGUACAAUGCUCCGUCUUCACCUGCAGAAUACAUCCACCGGAUUGGAAGAACCGCCCGGAUUGGCUGCCAUGGGAGCAGCCUGCUCAUUUUGGCUCCUUCGGAAGCAGAAUAUGUCAACUCGUUGGCUUCUCACAAAAUCAAUGUUUCUGAGAUGAAGAUGGAAGAUAUUUUGUCCAUUCUGACAAUAGAUGAUUGUUUUAAAGUGAGGCGAAGAGAAAACCAGAAAUCCCAGGCUGUUGGCCCCCAGGAAAUCCGAGAGCGAGCCACAGUCUUACAGACAGUAUUUGAAGAUUACGUGCACUCCAGUGAGAGGACCGUCUCCUGGGCGAAGAAAGCUCUGCAAUCCUUCAUCGGAGCCUAUGCUGCCUACCCCAGAGAGCUGAAGCACAUCUUCCAUGUGCGGUCCCUCCACCUUGGGCAUGUGGCUAAGAGCUUCGGGUUGAGAGAUGCUCCCAGGAACCUUAGCGUCUCGGCCGUGAAGAGGAGGAAAGGAAAGCUGAAAAGGCUGGACCUUCGUAAGAAGACACAGAGUCAGCAGCACCUCGCCCAGGUCCUUCGCUCAGAAUACUCAAGUGGGCUGGAGGCUGCGGGUGCCAAGGUCAGGAACCGGAGCACACAGGAGGCCAGCAGCCAGCACCCUGCAAGCCGGGGCCGUGGGAAACGUCAGGUGCCUCCUCCUCCUCGAACCAUAGGAGCCCGGAGAGGCCAACGGAAGGACAAGCCCUCCCAGAUGGUUUUUUAAAUCUCUCCACAGGACUGGUCCCAGAGUGGAUCCCAGAGGCCCCAGUGGCACUGGGUUGAUGUCUUCUCCUCUGAAAAAUACUUGUGACACCUUUCCCUGAACACCAAGUCCCCAGAACACACGGGAGCCAGAAGCCCUGGUCAGAAGGAGUGGCACGGGGCCCUGGGCACAGUGCCAGCCAGCACUGACUGCAGGAGGAUGUCACAUCGAGGCUGUCGGGACCAGGCCCACCUCGCACCCAGCGCACCUGACCUUAGAUGGCCUCGGUGGCCACGCCAGCCCAUAGCGUCCUGGGAUAGGGCAGCCCGCCUGGACUGCAGCCUUGUCCAUAUAGGCUGCUUGGCUGCUGUGAAGCAGGAUAUCCAAACUGGAUUGGAAUUUGUACAAAAAAAGAGAAAAUCUAUUUGUCAAGCAGUGCCUUUGUUAAUGUACACACCCUUUGCUACAAAGGCCCAAGAGUUGUUAGUCUGGGUUGAAAACAGGAAUGCCUUUGCUGGGCCUCUCCUUUUCUCCUACAAACACGCUGGUCACAUCUGCUUGCCUAGCUCUCCCUUCAUGUUCAUGGAAAACGCACUCGGGGCUAAUUGAUUUACUGUUCCUUUUUGGUAUUCGCCUUUGAAGUCAAAAGGCACCAGCACCCACCCGAGUUCUUUUCUUCCUCUCAUCCAAUCCAGACUUGCCUUCGAGAAAGGUCUGGGGGUCUCUGUGGUGACCCCAACCCAGCUGCCCCCCGCUGUGUUUCCUGGGAGGUUGGAGGACCCCCGUGUGUAUUGAUUUCCCAAUAAAUGUCAGCCUUGUACACACGGGAUGCACCACCCUGUCCAGGCACUGCCUCUGCUCUCUUCACUCUCCUCGCCCCCUUCCCCUUCCUGCUCUGCAGUUCCUGGGCCCUCUGGCUUUUCUGGGAUGUGUGCUGAGACGCCCCGGGCCCGCAUGGACUCACUGGCCCAGAGAAGGCUUGGGCCUGCAAGAGUGGAUCCCUCAGGAGGCAACAGGGCCUUCUGGGGGUUACUGGGGACUGCUGAUGAAAUUUGUACCAAUUAAGAACAGCACAUACCCAACUAGCCUUGGGUAAAUCUACCAUCUUUCUUGUAUUUUGGUGUGAUGGCUCACAUGAGUUGCAUGAGAACGGGGGGAACCAAACUUCAUGGGUGAGAUGCAGCUGUGUGCAAAGCAGGCCCCAUGCCAGUCACGGGCGAUCAGAGAACUUGGGUCCAUACAGGGGAGUGGGCAGGGCUUUCUUAGUGUGAGGACUGUGGCUCCAGGGUUGAAACCUGCACGGUAAUUUGCCAACUCUUAGGUUGAGGGUACCCUGCCAGAGAUGCUGUAUGGGCUUAAAUCAGUGGCUCACCCAGUUAAUAAAGAAACAUGGAUUUAGCAGGUUUAGGGUUAAUAUUGCCUAAAUUUAAAUAACCUUCAAAUAAAUCUCUCAUCACUCUUGACAGAUUAUACAUUUCAGGCAUCAAUUAGGCAAAGCUUUAGCUUAAUUCCACUGGACAUAUUCUAAUUUUUUGUGUUUUUAAUCAUGCCUCUGUUUCUGAUUUCCCAAACUUAGCUGUUUCUCUGUGACGUUAGCCUGUUACCAUGUCCAAGUCAUUUGCUGGUGCGCUGUGGCCUGAAGCUUUUCCCCCAGUGGGCUUGUAGAAUGCUUGGAAUCUGAAGCACCUGGUGUGGUGAUCCGCUCAGCAGAGGCCAUUCUCAUGCCUCCCUGGAGCAGAGAUCCCUUGGUGCCGGCUAAGUUGCUGUGUGGAUGCGGACAGCGUCCUCCGCCCUUACCAAACAGCGCUUCGAAGGACACUGACAAAGCCCUUGGGGUCCCUUUGAUUUUUCUCUUUGCCCCCUAGAGUGAAAAGGGGAGUAAAGGGCCAGGGAUUUAGCUCAGUAGUUCCGCCGCCUGCCUGGAAAGCGAAAGGACCAGAGUUUGAUCCCCGGCACCAAAAAAUAGAAAAGGGGAGUAGAAGGGUCUGAGGUGUCCCAACUGGCCAUGGCCUUGUGGAGCACUUCAGCACUUCACAUCCGGUCAGUGGAAGCCGUUAAAGUCCUAGGGACAGGCGCAAGGCUUUUCCACCCCGAAGCUGCCCUGCUUGCAAAAGGUGCUUAAGCGGUCUUGUUAGACUGCCUGUGUGACCGUUAAACUUUCUUCAUCUGCUCUGCCAUAGGAAAAAUUUAGAGCAAGGCCUGUCACUGGGGUGGGGCGGGGCCACCCUUAAAACCAGCCAACUCGUCAGGUCCCAAGAGCUCUGUGUCUGAGGCCUGGGGGGACUGAGCUCUUGGGCUCCACUGCUCCUCCCCACCGAGUCCAGGUUUGUGAGAGGGUGAGCCAGCGGCCUCAUCCACUGCCCUCCAGUUGGGGGUCCCCUGGGGGCCUCCUCUUCCUCCUCCCUCAAAUGUUCCCAUCGCCCGGUUGGGAGCAGAAACCCUUAGCACCUCCAAACAGGCACGAAGAAGCCCACCUCGCUGCAGACUGAAGUUAUUAUUACAGAUAGGAUGUGCAGGACAAUUCAAAGUGCUGUAAUUAUAAACGUGUAAAGGAGCCUUGUUCUUCAUUAAUGUAAGAUAUGAAAUCGCCUCUGAGGUACAAGGACGGUGACAUAGUUGAGAAUGUGUCUGUGAUUUACACUGUGGCUGUGUAAAUGUAAGGGUGGUUGCUCCAGCCUACCUCCUCCACUUUCACAAAAUGAAAAGCACACCAGCGCAAGUUGUCCUUUGAUAGAUUUUUAAUAUGAUUUUAAAGAGUUU